AGUGUUGACAUAAAUCGGGCAUCAUAAUUCUUUCCUAUAAUGCACAAAGUUCAAUGGCAAAGAGGAAACGGUACGGCGUCCUCGAAGCGGCAAAACUAUCUCUUCCAUCACACGGAUAAAGACAUAGGCAUAAUUAUUCCAUUUUGUAAUUGGAUGAAAGAAUGGCGGCCAUUUUCGUUUUUGGUCUGCUCCUCGUAAUAAAUAUACCGACUUUCCACGCAUCCACUGACAUCACCCUGACGCAAGGGAAUCCCGAGGAGUAUUAUACAUUUAACAAUACAUGUACCCAACCUCCAUGCCAACAAUGCUUCCCGGCCUGUCCACCUGUUUCCAUAUCAAGCCCCCUUGGAACCACCCUCGUAGCUACAUUUAUAGAUCUUCGAAUCCCUGCAGAUAAUAAGAUAACAUUUACAAACCUGAACACCAGUGAGGAGUUGCUUGCCAUUUCAGGGAUAUUUCAAGUCAUCGAUCCGAUUUAUGUUGAUUCCUCGCAAUUGAAAAUGGAAGUGGAAAAAGUCGAUGAGAUCAACCUUCCUUACACGGUUUUUCAAGUGAGAUUUUCUUUUAUAGAUCGGCUACAAGAUCCGUUCAUCCGGUCAAGCGGUGGUGCCUUUGCCCUAUCCGACACAUAUCGGAACAUCACCUUGCAGAGUGCCAACCUAUCCAGCAUGACAGACCUGGAGGCCGAUCUCCACUGGUUUAUCACAGCCACCUCCUACUCCUGGAUCCAGGUUGAUAUCCUGGAGAUGGAGCCAGGAACGGGUGCCACUGUCUGUAUCUUCGACACCUUCAAGACCUAUGGAGAAUGGGUGUGCAUGACGAACUCGGUAUCGUCCACCUCAUGGUAUUCGUACGAUGACGAGAUCAGGUUGUUGCUCUCCGUCCGAAGAGGUGAUCAGCCUGGUGCUGGUCUGACGGUGAAGCUGACUAUCAUUGAUCAUUUAACAUGGAAUGGUCAGUCCCUGACCAUACCAUCGUGCAACCCGAAAGUGACUCUACAGGAAGCAGAAACCAUCAGAUUUACUUCACCAUUCUUCAAUCAAUCUGUUGAAAAUGUAAAAUACCAGUGCAGGAUGACAUUCACCAACGAAUUGCAGCCAGCCGGCAUUCAGUAUCAUCAUCUUGAUGUCAUAGACAGGGUUAUAGUUCAUACAAGAGAGUCUGGGGAAUUGUUGAAACUCGCGGAAGCUACGGAUAUUCACACGGGCUCCUUGGAUUCCCCUAUCAUCUCUGUGUCACCAACUCCAGAUAUUUCCGUUGACGUGAAUAAACCAGAUUACCAGGGGGCUGAAGUUGGUCUAAUGGUGCAACCAUAUACAGAAGACAUACUGAAUGUAGGUCCAAAACCUUUGUCAUCCUUCGGCCUCGCCAUGGAACUUGAUAACGCCUCAUUCCAACAGGACUUCAUCUCCCUUGGCUACCCGGUUCUUCCCAAUGCGGUCAUGAACUUCAAAUGGCUGUUCGACAAUCGCGUCACUGGUACGGCCAUCAAAAUUCAAUUCAUCGAUUUUGAUAUCGGUGCGGCCACCCUUUUUGGCCAUGUAGCAGAGACGAACCCACCUCUAUGGCAGUUGACAGGAUCAGGGAUUCCAGACGAUAUCCUCACAGACACGACGAGACUGACGCUCCUGCUGCAAUCGGAUUCCCAAGGCACAUGUUGCAACAGAGGGAUUUACUUCAACUUAACACUGAUAACAAUGAUCGAUGAAUGUUUGAGCUCUCCUUGUCUAAACGGAGGAACCUGCACCGACGAGUUCGAAUCAUUCCGAUGUCACUGUCCCAACGAGUAUGAAGGAGACUUGUGCCAAAACCAAAUUACCACACAAAGGCCGAUUCAAACGACGGAUAGCUCAACUUCAGCUGACAUUACGACGAUCGCAACACAGACAACGGAUGUAACAGAUUUCAUGACGCAUGACCCAACUUCGAAGACUACAACUCGCAGUGAACCAACUUCUACUAUGUCACCUACUAUAAACGAUGGCAAAAACACAGGAGAAUCGAAGGAUCCCGAUGUACUCAUUAUCGCACUGAGUGUUAGUAUCGUCAUGGCCUUUUUCCUCAUCGGAUUCCUGAUUGGCGUGGUGGUUUACCGAAGUCAGAAGCCAACGGGGACUUUGUCAAGCGCCGGCUCUCCGUCGUGCUCCCAAAACGGUCGAUACCAAGAAGGAAUGGAGUUCCCGAGCAGCAAUGGUUCUCUUCCUCCACCACUUCCUCCAGGCCGACCCGAUCCCCCUGGCUACUAUGACACGAUAGACGACGGGGCAUGUAGGGGCAGCUAUAUAGAAUUGGACCCAUCCGCCAUGGCUGGUGAUGAAUAUGUAAAACUCAAUGAAAAAAUAAACAGUCCAUACGCCACAAAGAUUGUCAAGCACAAUGAAUGCAUUAAUGUCUCCCCCGCUGGGAAUCGGGUACAUAUCAAUAAUUUUGCAGUUGAAUGAAAUGAUUAUUUUUUUCCAAAAUUAUAUUUGAGAGUGAUCAGAAAGCGCACAAGUAACAUGAUUUUAAGAGGAAAUUAUCAGAUAAUUUAUUGUGAGAGGAAUAUUUUUCUUUCAAGUAAGAAAAAUGGUCCCCCAAAGGACAAUCUGAACUUAAAAAGUAGGAGUGCAAAUGAAAGAGAAGGGGUACCUCUACAAAGACAAAGAGCUGAAGAGAGAGAGAGAGAGAGCGAAAGAGAGAGAGAGAGAGGGGGAGAGAGAAAAAACAUUAUUAAUGGGACAUUUCUGAGAUUGUCAUACUUUCUAUUUCGUGACAUCAUUUUAUCGAAUUAUAUUUGUAACCUAUUCCGGUUCCCAUGUAGCCCUCCCUCAUGGCUGCUAUUGUUUCUAGCAGUUACCUGCUUAUUGAAACUGACCCCUGCAUUUUUACCCACUUUACUAUUGUACAUGCUUCAUUAUGUAGUUUUCAGUCUUAUACAUUAUAUAUCGUUUCAAUUGUCACGCAAAAAUGCACUCAUUUAUGUCAUUGUUAUUGUAUCAAUUUUUUUUCAUUUGUUAUUGAUUUAUGAAUAAAAUGCAGAAACUCCUACAAAAAAAAGAAAAAUGCGCAUCCGCAUUGGGUUGGAAAAAAUAAUUGACGUGAAAGAAUUUCAUUUUUUGUGGCUAAGCCCACUGUCCCUCUAUCCCUUUCCUGGACACCCUCAACAUUUGCUACUUUUUCAGCUUCAUGACAUCCUAUUUCUGAUUCAUCUUUCCUGUGUUUUUCGUUAUGGGAGUAUAUUAAAAGUGAAACAAACAUGUGUUUUAAGACCAAUUUUAAGAAAUCAACAAGUUCAAUGUACAUUUUCCAAGAAGAUGCAAAUAAUUGCAUUCUAGAAAAGCACCAUUGCUACUAUAAGCUUGUUUGGGUAUGUUACCACAACAGAAAUCCUUCGAAAUCUUUCAAAAGCAUAGUUUCAUACUUUUUAUAAGAUAAACAGAUUUGAGCAAAAUGAUUUGAACAAUGGGUGAUUUCAAUUUCGGUGUUGGUGUUGAGACCGGGUGUUGAGAGCGUGAAAAGGCUGCUGAAUCGAUCUCCAACACCGAGCUGGUUCAGCUCACGCCUCUGCGCUACGUUGCUGAUCAUCUCAACUUUACGCGAGAACUUCUCGACGACGAAAGUAAAAUCUCGGAGAAAUUACAGUAAAAUCUCAAAGUACAGAAUGCAAACGCUAACAUUACUUAAGAAUCCGAAAGAGUAAAUAUUAUUGCCAAUUAAAAUGUAUAAGGCUCGGAUUUGCACUCAUCUUGUCUGUAAAAAUAUAACUUUAGGGGGAUGUUUCAUCCUGUUCACCGCCUGUUCGUGGUCAUCAAAUCACCAAAACCAAAACCCACACCCAAAACCGUACCGUAUUCUACUAUGUACAAUUAACAAAAAAAUAUUACCCCUGCUGUAUAAAAAAAACCAUUAGUUCAGGAGUGUGUGAACAGACAAUCACUUGGACAAGACAGGACGAAUACUAUAAAAAAAAAAGACACAAAAAAAAGGCACACACAAAAAAAAAAAACAAGACAGGACAGAACAGGACAAGACAGCAAAAAAAAAAAGGAAAAGAAACAAAACACACUACAAAACAUAGACAAACAGGAAAAUAAGAAUAGCAAUAGAACUAGACAUUAA